GAGUUAGUUGAGAAUUGCUCGCGGUUGCGGUUGAGUGUGCUACGAGAAAAAUAAAAACAAACGACAUUGAGAUGAACGAACAUUCCUCGGACAGUAGCUCCAUCUCAACGAGAUGUGGCCGCUUCGACGCUGCACGUGCAAUCGAUGACCACGAUGCGACAGAGGACGAUAUGACAUUCUGCAUGUCGAACUAUGCAAAGGAGGUGCUGAAGAUGAUGUUCAUGAUGCGAUCACACGGAAUGCUCACAGACGUUGUGCUCGAGGUGAAGAAGGAGCUGUUUCCCGCCCACAAGGUUGUGCUGUCCGCUGCCUCGCCGUACUUCAAGGCCAUGUUCACGGGCGGACUGAAGGAGUCCGAAAUGUCACGCGUUCAACUGCAGGGGAUAUGCCCCACGGCAAUGGCCCGAAUCCUUUACUUUAUGUACACGGGACAAAUCCGCGUCACAGAAGUGACUGUCUGCCAGCUUUUGCCCGCAGCGACAAUGUUCCAGGUGCAAAAUGUCAUCGACGCCUGCUGUGCAUUCCUCGAGCGCCAACUGGAUCCAACCAAUGCCAUUGGCAUUGCCAAUUUUGCCGAGCAGCAUAACUGCAUUGAACUGCAGAAGAAAGCCAAUUACUUUAUAGAGCGGCACUUUAUGAAAGUGUGCCAGGAGGAGGAGUUUUUCCAGCUAUCCACUUAUCAGUUGAUAGCCCUCAUUCGAAGGGACGAACUCAAUGUGCAGGAGGAGCGCGAGGUGUACAAUGCCGUACUCAAGUGGGUGAAAUACGAUGAGGACAAUCGGCAUAGCAAGAUGGAACACAUUCUGGGCGCCGUUCGUUGCCAGUUCCUGACUCCCAAUUUCCUCAAGGAGCAGAUGAAAAACUGUGACGUGCUGCGCAAGGUUCCAGCCUGCCGCGAAUACUUGGCAAAAAUCUUUAAGGACUUAACGCUGCACAAGUGUCCCGGCGUCAAGGAGCGCACACCAAAUACAACACGCAUGAUAUUCGUUGCGGGCGGUUUUUUCCGUCACUCCCUGGAUAUAUUGGAGGCCUACAAUGUCGACGACAAAACUUGGACAACCUUGCCGAAUCUGCGCAUUCCACGUUCAGGUCUGGGCGCUGCAUUUCUCAAGGGCAAAUUCUAUGCGGUGGGCGGACGCAACAAUAACAUUGGGUCCUCCUACGAUUCCGACUGGGUAGAUCGUUACAGUGCCGUCAGCGAGACUUGGCGUCCAUGCUCGCCGAUGUCCGUGCCGCGUCAUCGUGUCGGCGUCGCCGUUAUGGAUGAGCUAAUGUAUGCUGUGGGCGGAUCGGCAGGAAUGGAGUACCACAACACGGUGGAAUAUUACGAUCCAGAUCAAGAUCGCUGGACACUCGUUCAGUCGAUGCAUUCCAAGCGAUUGGGCGUUGGCGUUGUGGUUGUUAAUCGACUCCUUUACGCCAUCGGUGGCUUCGAUGGCAACGAGCGUUUGGCCAGCGUGGAGUGCUAUCAUCCCGAAAACAAUGAAUGGAGCUAUUUGCCUUCCCUAAAUACGGGCCGCAGCGGAGCAGGUGUUGCCGCCAUUAACCAAUACAUAUACGUCGUGGGUGGAUUUGAUGGAACACGUCAACUUGCCACCGUGGAACGCUAUAAUACAGAGAACGAAACCUGGGAUAUGGUUGCACCGAUUCAGAUCGCUCGAAGUGCACUUUCGCUGACACCACUCGAUGGCAAGCUGUAUGCCAUCGGUGGCUUUGACGGCACCAACUUUCUGUCCAUCGUUGAGGUUUAUGAUCCGCGCACAAACACUUGGGAGCAGGGCACGCCGUUGAACUCUGGUCGCUCAGGUCACGCUUCGGCCGUUAUUUACCAGCCCUCGUGUGCCAGCACAUUCAUGGACUAUGAGGAGGGCGAGACGCCCAAGCGAGACGACAGCAAUAGUGAGAGACAGACUGAAUCGCCUCAGGAUCCCUGUGGCAGAGGCCGGAGUCCUAACUUUUCCGACAUUACAUCGAGUAUGCAGUUUCAUGCGUCAUACGGUGCCGGCGGUUGCCACAACUGCGAAAUGGACACAAAUGCCAAAAACAAACAUUUUAAAUGUGCCUCUCAACAAAUGAUGAAACCGUCCACUCGAUUGCGAAAAAUGCAAAAGUUUGACGACGACUCGGCGGACGAUCAUAAUCCCAGCAUUUUCCAAUUGCAAAGCUCCGAUCCAGUUCCGCCUGGCAAUCAAAUCAAAGCGCACAGGAAAUGCAUAUUGAUUCCAGUUUAUAAGGCCAUGCAUCAGAUAUUACGGAAGAGCAUCGAAUGUCAAUUUAAAAAGUAUUCAGCAACUUCAUGACAACUAGUUUGAACCAGCACCAGCACAUCAGUCUUAAUACCAAUAACAUUCAUUUUGUAAAUCCGCUAUUCGCAACCAUCUACUCAGAUUUUCUAUUCCAUAUUGUUAAUCAUUCCAAUCAAACAUUUCUACAACUAAUCGAUUAUAUAUGUACAAAUUCAUAUUUUAAAAAUGUAUCCCUCAUUUCAAAAGUGUAUCACUAGUGACGAAGCAUCACGAACGGUGCCAAAUUAGCACAUGGUAAACUACGUUUAUUUUCGGUGAAUGUGUUUAUGUAUUUCAACAAGAAUAUGCAACAGAUAUAUGAAAUAAUUUACACCUAUACAUACAUGUAUGUGUGUGUCAUUAUACAACGAUAAUGUUAUUUUAAAUAGGCUAAGUAAAAAGGGAAUGCAUACAUUAUAUAUAUAUUGUACGAUUGAUUUGGAUAUUGUACUUUAAUAGAUUGUACAUAUGAUUUCUAGACUUUACCUACAAUUUAAAUAUUAUUAAAAGAAAACAAAAUAAUAAACAUAAAACAAAAGUGCGUGAAAAAAA